GCUCCACGUGCAUCACGUGUAGUAGGAAUUUACUCGUCUUUACACUUUUCUUUUAAACCUAACCUCGCUGGAUUUAAAAUCUUUGUGGAUAUUUCAGUCGGAUAUCUGUCACUAUGGCUCCGGCUACCAAAAGAAACAAAAAGAGGAAGCCGAGCUUCCGCAAGCUGCUGAAGACCAGCAACCUGAAGCUGGAGAACAAACUGAAGAACCGUCAGUUUAAACAGCAGAGCACGGCCAAGAAACAUCGCAAAGAACAGAGAAAACUCCGGCAGGCCAUCACGACUGUUUCCCAUCAGACCGUCAAACCUCUGGAGCGAUAUAAGAAGACACCAGAGGAAGAAGAAGAUGAGGAGGAAGAGUUCCUGGAGUCUCUGCCUGUGGACAUGAUGGAGGAUGAAGAUCUGGAACAGAUGAAAGCCAUGGCACAGAAAGCGUCCUUCCUCACGCGAGACCUCUCCUCCAGCGCUCCGGUACACUCCAAGAAGCGUCGAUCGGAGCGGCCGGUGGUGAAGUAUGAGAAGAUGCCCAGAAAGAUGCAGCAGCAGGAGGAGAAAGAGCUCAUUCAUCUUCUGCCCAUCAAAGACAAGAGCGGCCUCAUCCCUCAGUCCAUAGAGAAACCAGCUGCGCAGACGACGGAAGAAGAGCCGGAGGCUGGGGAACCGGAAGAGAUGCAGGAAGAGGAGCCCGACGUCGGCCCCGCGUUAAGCCCUCGUGAACAACUGGACCUGCGUCUGCAGAAACUGACGGAGAAGAAACUGCGGAUCGCAGGUUUGGGCUCAGCGGUGCUGGCAGAUCCUCACGUCAACAUCAAGAAGCUGAAGGAGUUGAGGGGCAUGCUGAUGGAGACGGACCCCUGCAUCGCCGUCACUGUCAGGAAGUUUGUCACGGUUUCCCUCAUGGAAAUAUUUAAAGACAUCGUUCCGUCGUAUCGCAUCCGACCCCUGACCGACACCGAGAAGAACACAAAGGUGAAGAAAGAGACGCAGCAGCUGCGGGAGUUUGAGGAAGGUCUCGUGAGUCAGUUUAAGUUUUAUCUGGAGGAUCUGGAGCAGGUUGUGAAAGACUGGAAGCAGAAGAAACUGAAGAGCAGUCGUGCCGUGUCUCUGGACAGUUAUAAAGGUCUGGCUGCGGUGGCCAUCCGGUGCAUCUGUGAACUUCUGGUCGCUCUGCCUCACUUCAACUUCCACAACAACAUCAUAGUCAUGGUGGUUCCUCUGAUGAACGACGCCGACAGGAAGGUGUCAGAGAUGUGUUGUGAGGCGGUCAAGGCGAUGUUGAAGCAGGAUAAAAUGGGUCAGGCAUCGCUGGCAGCUGUGAAGGUCAUCUCUGGUGUGGUCAAGAGCAGAAACUAUAACGUCAAACCGGAGAUCUUGAAGGUCCUUCUGUCUCUGAGGAUUAAAGAGGUGGACAUGAAGAAAGAUGCUAAAGAUAUAGCUCCCAAAAAGACAUUCAUGACUUUGAAAGAGAAGAAGAAGAAUCUGUCCAGAAUGAAACGCAAGUGGAAGAAAGCCGAGGAGAAGCUGGAGAAAGAACUUCUGGAAGUGGAAGCGUCAGAGAGUCAAGGCCUCAAGAUUAAACUGCACACAGAGACGCUGAACAUCGUGUUUCUCAUCUACUUCAGAAUACUGAAGAAAGCUCAGAAGUCUGUUUUACUGCCCGCCGUUUUAGAGGGUCUGGCAAAGUUUGCUCAUGUCAUAAACCUGGAGUUCUUCGAUGAUUUGUUGGCGGUUCUUCACUCUCUCAUCGUGACGGGUGAUCUGACAUAUCGAGAGAGUCUUCACUGCAUCCUCACAUCCUUCCACAUUCUCUCGGGACAAGGUGACGUCCUCAACAUCGACCCGCUGAAAUUCUACAGCCACUUGUACAAAACCCUGCUGACGCUGCACGCCGGGGGAGCGAACGAGGACAUGGCCAUCGUGCUGCAGUGUUUGGACGUGAUGCUGACCAAGCGCAGGAAGCAGGUGACCCUACAGAGGGCGCAGGCCUUUGUCAAGAGACUGAGCACGCUGACGCUGCACGUGCUGCACGACUCCGCUGUGGGCAUCCUGGCAGCAAACAGGACACUGCUGCACACUUUCCCCAAGUGUGAUAUACUGCUGGAUAAUGAGAUGCAGGGCAGCGGUGUGUAUCUUCCAGAGCUGGACGAGCCCGAGUAUUGUAACCCACAAAACACAUCGCUGUGGGAACUUCACCUGCAGAAGAGACACUAUCACCCAAUGGUGAGGAGGUACGCCGCUCAUCUGAUGGCAGGAGCGCCCAGUGAAGGUUCUGGAGCUCUCAGCGUUGACCUCAGCAGAAGAACACCGGUGCAGCUCUUUGAAGACUACAGUGUUAAAAACAUGACGUUUAAGCCUUCUGUCCCAGCACAGCCCUCCAAGAAAAAGAUUGAACGCUUCACCAUCGGACAAGCGUUUUUGGAUUCUGAGCUGCAGCAACAGAUCAACGCUGCUCUUCAAACGCAUGGAGAUGACACAAGAUUAGAUUUUAACCCUCAAUGUUCACCGGCGACCUCUAUGAUUGUAAAUAAGGCCUGAAGAUGAGAUAAACCAUUUGUUAUCCGUUUGUGUGAAUGCUUCAAGAAAAACGUGAACUUUCUGUACAAAAUAUAUUUACUGUUAUAAUUUUGGUGCCGUCUUAUUGUUCUACAUGUAUAUUUAUAAUGAGUAUAUCAAUUUCUUGCAUCAUUGAAAUCCAGUUUCACAGAAAACAGACUUUAACGCUAUUUAUUGAUAAGCAUUUGGUUCAAGUAAACAGUACUUCAGUAUCGACGUCACAAUAUUGACAAAACGCUCCUGUAAGAUUUUACAAGUACUAAAACCAAUACAUUACAACGUUCAACAUGCUUUUGUAUUUUUACACUUUCAACAACAGCAUCGGCAAAAGAUUGUUUGAAAAGAUGCAAAAGUGACUACAUAAAUAUUCAAAAGACAACGCUGUCGUGGCCCACAGUAAAAUAGACUUGAUAAGAGCUUUGUCAAAAUAUUUAAUAUCUCAAGGAAGCUCUGAAAACACAGUUACAAAAAUACAUUAUACAUUCAUACAGUAUGAACAGACGAAGGGAACAUUCAUGCCCCUAAAAAUAAAUAAAUGCAGGUUUCAUUGUUAACGUACCGCUCAUAUGUACACCGCAAACACAGCCGACCUUGGCUAUAAAUACAUUAUAAAACCCAUUUCACCUUAAGAAAGUUUCAACAAAUGCUUAGGCAGUGAACUGUUAAACGUCUGGGAAUAUAUUAUGGUAUUUAAUUUUUAAUAAGGAGGACCAUUAAUAAUGGAUUUUUAUCUUUUACAUUGGAUGUAAAUCUCAUUUAAAACAAUCACUCGUACUCAUGACGAAAGAGUACAAACUAGAAAUGUUGGGUUCUUCUCAAAAUAUAAUUGCACUGCAACUUACGAAAGGUGAAAUAUAGUUUUGCUUAAAUUUAAAUACCAGAACUGCAUUUUAAUAAAUCUUGCGUUCAGUUUUGUGCAAAACAGAAGUUGAAAACGUUAAAAUUUGUAAAGGAUUUAAAAACCAUUUAAAAUGGUCACAAAUAAGGUGUAACUUCAGCUUCUCAAUCGGAAAAUCUUCCGUUUAACAUUCAAAUAAAUGUGCCAUGAGCAAAUGAUGUGUAGAGCUGCAUCUUCCAGAAAUACUGUGCGUAUUCGCUCCAAACUACACAAACACGACACGUCUUCAAUAGAAAUCUCCAUGAAGCCCGUCAGAGGAAUAAAGUAACACUGACCCAGAUUUAAAAGCAUUUCAGUAAUCCCAGUACUGAAGGUGAAACAGCCAAACACACAGACCAUAUAAAACCAAGACGAUGUGUAAAACCACAAAACAACAUCAUGCACAUAAAUGCAUUCAUCACAGUAAAAUCAGGACCAGAAGAAUACGAGAAACUUCAAACUCCUGCCUUCAUCUCACGGCCAUCAGAACGAGGUCAUCCGAAGAACCUCCAGCCCAGCGGCCUGAAGUCUUUUCUCCGCUCCAGACUCUUUCCAUCCCUGCGGUUGACCGAUCACACGCUCUUAACGCACACUCAGCAGUGUGCUACUGUGUGAUGAGCACUACCAAGUGUGAACCCUAGAGAGGGUGCUGCUGUGGUUCUGGAUUCAUUUGUGAAGCUUCCAGUUCCACAGCAGAGAGAUGAACCAGGAGGAGGACACUGGAGCUCCAUCACCACACUGACAACCUGAACCUCCCUCCACCAUCCCGACAUUCAGUCCCAC